ACUUGGAGAACUUGGUGGACGAGACGAGUACUCCCUAGUCGAAGCUCUAAAGCAGGGGAAAGUGACCAAACCAGUGGUGGCUUGGGUUAGUGGGACUUGUGCACGACUCUUCAAGUCAGAAGUGCAAUUUGGUCAUGCUCGGUGGUGAAAUGGAAUCGGCACAAGCAAAGAAUCAAGCACUCAGGGAAGCAGGGGCGGUUGUUCCUACUUCAUAUGAAGCUUUGGAGACCGCAAUCAAGGAAACCUUUGAGAAACCGGUUGAAGAAGGAAAGAUUUCACCAGUUAAGGAAGUCGCGCCUCCACAGAUCCCUGAGGAUCUUAACACGGCAAUUAAGAGCGGGAAAGUUCGGGCUCCAACUCACAUUAUUUCAACCAUCUCCGAUGAUAGAGGGGAAGAGCCGUGCUACGCUGGUGUACCAAUGUCUUCCAUUGUUGAACAGGGACUUGGUGCGGGUGAUGUAAUUUCUCUUUUGUGGUUCAAACGCAGUCUUCCUCGAUAUUGCACAAAGUUCAUUGAGGUAGGUUUUGUUUGUCCUUUUAGUGAGAGAAUGAGGAUACGCGAAAGGAAAUUUUCAGCUACCACCCCAAAAUAAAUGCAUGUAUUUCGGCCCAAUAAGAGACGAUAUA